GCGCCGGCGAGGAUUGAAAGACACGCCAUUUCACCUGCAGCUUUGUCUUCCACCGCAUACGACCAUUUUCAAACCUCCAUUCAGCUUAGAUAUAUACUGCCCAGCAUGACCGUAUACUACACCCUAACGUUCAUGCUCCUCGCAUCGGAGAUGGUCACGUUCUGCAUUCUCGUCGCGCCCUUGCCCUACUCCAUCCGCAAACGUUUCUUCCACUUUCUUUCAGAAAGCCCUAUCAUCGCCAAGAUCGCCUAUGCCCUCAAGAUUACAUUCAUAUUUGUAGCAAUCCUGUUCGUAGACGCGCUGCAACGAAUGUGGAGAGUAACUGCGGAGGCGGACAUAGCUAGGACCGGAGGGGGUGCUGUAGGAGUACAGUCAGAGACCAACUUUGCCGCCAGGAAAUUCUACUCCCAGAGAAAUACGUAUCUCACAGGAUUCUGCCUCUUCCUUUCGCUCGUCUUGACUCGCUCAUUCUACAUCAUCCUCGACCUCAUUCAUACCCAAGAAGAAUACGCCAAACUGAAGCAAGAGAUUGCAAAGUCUUCGCGUACUCAGAUCGCUUCAGAGGACCAGGUCAAACAAAUUACGGACUUGAAGAAGAAACUCGCAGAAGCUGAAGCCAAGACUCGUGACUAUGAUAUCCUUAAGAAGCAGGCUGCCCAAAACCAAGCCGAGUACGACAGACUCGCCACCGAGUUCAACGAGAAGACUGGAGCUGUAUCGAACAAGCGGAAGGAUUGAAACGGGUGUCUGUUAUGUUUGUCGGUAUACGGGCUUUUAUGAUGUCACUUGUUCAUGGACUUUGGAACUCUGAUAACCUUUGCUUGCACCUCAUUUACUCUUUUCCAUGUGAUGACUUGAUCGUGCUCUUAAAUCACUAUUCUCCCUCUGCUCCGUGACACCUGGAGUCCG